CGUCAAUGGUCACACCUUCCUUGUAACGCCUACAAAAUGACUGCUCUUGCAAAGAGGCUAACAUCUAAACUCAGUAAACUGUCCUCAGGGACAAGGGGAAUAGCAUACAAUGUCCCCACAAGUCCACACCAGCUACCUCGUUUUGGAGGAAUAGCCACUAUGAUGCGACUCCCCCUUCAGCAAGGAGACGCUAAAGGAUUGGAUGCAUGUUUUGUUGGUAUCCCAAUGGAUCAAGGUACCUCAUGGAGAUCAGGAACUAGACAUGGACCAAGAAUGAUAAGAAAUGAGUCAAACAUGAUGAAUCAGUUUCACUACUCCACAGGUGCUGCCCCUUUUGAGUCACUGCAAGUUGCUGAUAUCGGGGAUGUUCCUGUUAAUCCUUACAAUGUUGUGAAAACUAUUGAUAACAUCAAAGAAUUCUAUGGAAAUAUUUUAAAAGAGAACUGCAUACCGCUUGCCUUGGGUGGUGAUCACACUCUUACUCUUGGUACUCUCCGUGCUAUGGGUGAGAAAUAUGGUCCAGUUGCUAUGAUCCAAGUUGAUGCACACUCUGAUACACAGGACACAAUGUUUGGGGAAAAGAUAGCACAUGGGACGCCAUUUAGACGUGCAGUCGAGGAUGGUGUUCUUGAUCCUAAAAUGUCAUUUCAAAUUGGCCUAAGAGCUUAUGGCUACAGUCCAAGUGAUUUUAAAUGGUCAAAGGAACAAGGUUUUCAUACAACAUUUGCUAAAGAUUGCUAUCACAAAUCACUCGUUCCUCUGAUGGACUCCAUUAGAGAUUCAAUAGGACCUGAGAGACCAGUGUAUUUGACAUUUGAUAUUGAUGGCAUUGAUCCAGCAUACUGUCCUGGAACAGGUACUCCUGAAAUUGGAGGUUUGACUAUCAUUCAAGCACUAGAAAUAGUUCGAGGCUGUUGUGGUUUGAACAUUGUUGGGGCAGAUCUUGUUGAAGUUAAUCCUUUAUUUGAUAAAUCCGGUACUACUGCAAUGACUGGAGCUAAUCUUCUUUUCGAAAUGUUGUGUAUACUGCCUGGUGUCAAGUAUUAUAAAGACUGGAACUUAUAAUUGAAUUUUUGUGCAAAAUUUUUAUAGAUUUACUUUAAAACUGUAAAUUUUAGUGGGCCCA